AUGAGGACAUUUGUAACACAGAGGCAGGCCAGCCAGCUCCUGCACAACAAGUUUGUGGUGGUUCUUGGUGGCUCAGUACAGCGCUCCAUGUACAAAGACCUGGUUCUGCUGCUUCAGAGGGAUCAGUACUUGACUCUGCCUCAGCUCAAGUCCAAAGGGGAGAUUUCCUUUGAGCGGGACACCUUGGUGGAAGGAGGUCGCCUAGGUCCCAUGACUAACGGCACAGAGUACAGAGAGGUGCGCCAGUACCGCUCUGACCACCACCUGCUGCGUUUCUACUUCCUGACACGCAUCUACUCGGCGUACGUGGAGAGCGUCCUGGAGGACUUUCGGCACGGACUCAAGCCUGACGUCAUCAUCAUCAGCUCGUGUGUGUGGGACAUCACCAGGUACGGCCGGGAGUGUCUUGAACAGUACAAAGAGAACCUCCACAAGUUUUUUGGCCAGAUUAAAACCAUUGUUUGCCACGACUGUCUCAUCCUGUGGACUCUGGCCAUGCCGCUUGGCAAGAAGAUCAAGGGUGGAUUCUUAGUGCCUGAAAUAAGCCACUUGGGUCCCACAGUAUGCUACAACAUCAUUGAGGCUAACUUGUACAGUGGUCGGCUGGCUGAUACCUAUGGCUUGGACGUCCUUGACCUACACUUCCACUUCCGCCUCAGCCUGCAGCACCGCACGCCAGACGGUGUCCACUGGGAUGCACUGGCCCACCGACGCAUCAGCAGCUUGCUGCUGCAGCACGCUGCUGACGCCUGGGGAGUACAGAUGCCGCCCCCCCCCCUCCUUCCAGGACAAGGUGCCCUGCAGAGACGGAGCCCGGCGCAAUAUGAGCAGAAUCAUUUCAGAUCACAUAACUUUGACUUUGCUCCAUCAAACACAGCUGGAGUUCUGAACUGGCUGGGUAAAGAGGGAGUAGAGGAGGGGGCUCGAACUCAGCCUUUGAAGGGCUCCUGUGAUGAGGUUUCAGGAUGGAGGAGGAGGGAGCGCAGGGCAAUGGCAGUGGCUUCUUCUGUAGACCUUUUUGGGAAGGUAGCCAAACUUAUUUUUGUUCUGGCUGUGCUGUGGGCCUCACAGUUUCCGGACAUGAUGGUUGUCAUGGUCACAGGCUUUCAGCAGCUGCCGGACUUCACUGGUCAUCCAGGGUUUCUGGUUCGAAAAGCUGUCCAUUCUAACUGGCAGCAGAACUCUGUUGGUUUUGGGAUCAGUGACUUUCGCUCUCCGCUCCCUGUGCAGCCUCGUCCUCCUCCACGUCGAAAUUUCCCUGCCGCUGGACCCUGGACUCACUCUGGACAGUAUUAUAACCCUUUGCCCCCCACCAACCUGUGGCGGGGGCAGCAAGUUCAUCAUCAGACCAGAUCCAUCUGCUCAGAGACAAACUCCAGGUUCAGUGCAGGUGGAGGUUUCCGUUCCCAUCCUCCUUCCCGAGCAGAUGAUCGCUGUGUGAGGAGUGUGAGGAUGUGGGGGCCUCAUGUCAGAUCUCACCCAUACUCCCCCCACCUUCCACUGGAGACACCCAGACACCAUGCAUAUGGAUGGUGAGCUGUAGAAGCAGAAACUCUUUACAGCAGGGACACAGAGACUCUGGAUUUAACAUAAACUGGAUGAUUUCCAAAAACAAAUAAUGAUUCACAGGCGAUGAUUCACUGCCGAUAUUCAGCAAACUUGUUAGGAA